AUGUCAGAAAGACAAAUAGCAAAGAUCGGUAUGGUGGGAAUGGGCAGCAUGGGCUCCAUGAUGUCCCUCCUCUUCGCUGAGAAAGGCUGCAAAGUGUACUACUUCGACAUCAGCGAAUACAAUAUGAAGGCAGCCGAGAAAAUGGUCAAAGACGUCAACGAGGAAACGCGAGUCUUUCGCCAACACAGCUAUCAACAACUCUGCGGAGAAAUAUACUCCGAGAACCACCCACGGAUCAUCAUCUUCAGUAUCCCCCACGGAAACCCUGGCGAUGAAUGUGUCAAGGCUCUGCGACCGUACAUGACAAAGGGAGAUAUUAUUCUUGACUGUUCAAACGAGUUCUACGGUAACACGGAACGACGACAAGCGGAUCUCGCAAAAGAUGGCAUUUUUUAUGUCGGAUGUGGCGUCUCAGGCGGGUAUCAGAGUGCACGAGCUGGUCCGUCAAUGUCACCUGGCGGCGACCCCCAAGCCCUCGAAAUCAUCAUGCCGCUUCUCAAAAGAGUCGCAGCAAAAGAUCGCGAUGGUAAACCAUGUACCAGCCCAAUUGGCCCAGGCGGUUCAGGGCAUUAUGUCAAGAUGAUCCACAAUGGAAUCGAACAAGGCAUGAUGUCAGUUAUUUCGGAAGUAUGGUAUAUCCUCACCAAGGGUCUUCAACUCAACUACGAAGAAGCAGCUGGUGUUUUUGAGAAGUGGAACCAGACACCGGAGCUUUACAGUACGUUUCUGAUCUACAUCGCUGUUGAUAUCAACAGGGCGAAAGAUGAGGAGGGACGAUAUGUCCUGGGCAGGGUUCAGGAUAAGGUUGUGCAGGAUGUUGAUAACACUGAAGGGACGGGGACGUGGUCUUGUGAAGAGGCGGUGAGACUGCAUGUCCCUGCUGCGAAUAUCGUCAGUGCGCAUUUAUUCAGAUGUACUUCGGCUGAACUGAGUCAGCGCGCUGCAGAUGCUGAGGUUUCAGGACGUUGGCAGCCUUCAGUGAUGAAAGUCACUUCGAAGGACGGCUUUAUCGAAGAUCUGCGGAAGGCGACAUACUUUUGUUUGUUGCUGUGCUUCACGCAGGGUCUGCAGAUAAUUCGCGAAAUGGAUCAACAACGCGAAUGGCAUAUCAACUACCAAGACCUACUACACGUAUGGAGCGCUGGGUCAAUCAUUCAAGCAGGAGGCAUCAUGGAUCUUCUUCACAAAGUCUACAGCGAAUCGCCCAACCAGAAGAAUAACCUCUUAUCCAACAGCCAACUCGAAAAACAACUAACAAGCCUUCUGCCUUCAAUGAAGCGAUGUAUCCUCACAGCAUUGGAGGCUGAUAUGGUGAUUCCAGCGAUGAGUCAAAGUUUAGAGUACUACAAGUAUUCAACCUCUGUCGAUUUGCCUACCCAAUUGACGGAAGCGGAGCUGGAUUACUUUGGCAAUCAUAAGUUCGAUCUGAAGGAGGAACAUCGAGGUGAACCAAGCAAGGGAAAGCACCAUUUUGAAUGGAAGCCAGCGAAGGGCGAGUCUGACAAGUCUCGGCUUUGA